UCUCCCCUCCGCGCUGAGCCCCGUGCCCCGCGCCGCCCUCUCUGGGCCGAAAGCCCGCAGCGCGGCGGGCACCUGUGGGCGUCGGGCCAAGCGCUCGCCGUGUCCACACUGCGGGGAGCGGGGGAGAAGCUGUGCCCCGGCCAAGUCCUGCUGGCCCCGAGCGGUGGCCGCCGUGGCUCCGGGCACCCCGGCAGGAGAGCGGGGGCGCGGCGCGGGUGGGUGUGCUGGUUCCGGGCAAUGCCCACGCGUAGCUGCGCCUCAUCUCCGAGCCUUCACACCGCCUUCCUAACUUCAGCCCCGCCAGGCCAUCUCCUGGUGCGCCGCGGGGUGGGCGUGGAGUUACCGCCUCUGGGACCCAGGCCAGCGGCCGGCGGACGGUUACGUCACCGCGAGGUGACCACACUGCCCAUGCUGUCGUGUUGGGGAAACCCGGGCACGUGUUGUGGCUCCAUUCACCUGACUUCCAGAAAAAGACGUCACCACUCACUGCCCCCGGGAUGCCCACCCACAGGCCUUGGGGUGAAGGGGGACUGUCCAGAGCCUGCCCCCCACAUUGGAGGCCCAUGGCAGUGUCACUUGGUAUGCAUCACCACCUUCAUGGGUCCAGCUGAUGGCCAAAGUCCUCCUGUUCAAGCCCUGGGGACCCGCAGCACCCUUGCCCUAUGGCCAAACCCAUCUCCGCCCUCCCGCUGGGGCCGGAGGAACCAGCCCAUCAAUGUGAACCAUUACGCCAACAAGAAGAGCGCCGCUGAGAGCAUGCUGGACAUCGCGCUGCUCAUGGCCAACGCGUCGCAGCUGAAGGCUGUGGUGGAGCAGGGCCCUGCCUUCGCCUUCUUCGUGCCCCUGGUGGUCCUCAUCUCCAUCUCCCUGGUGCUGCAGAUUGGCGUGGGGGUGCUGCUCAUCUUCCUCGUUAAGUACGACCUUAACAACCCGGCCAAGCACGCCAAGCUGGACUUCCUGAACAACCUGGCCACGGGACUGGUGUUCAUCAUCGUGGUGGUCAACAUCUUCAUCACUGCUUUCGGGGUCCAGAAGCCUGUCCUUGGCGUGGCGCCCCAGCAGUAGAGUGUCCAGAUCCUGAGUGGCACCUGCCCCACAGCCAGUCACCCGGAGCCCAGGACUGCAUUCCCUUGAGGUAUCCACCUCCCUGUGUGUAGCACGCUGAACCUGCCAGGCCAGCACCUGGAACAAGCCUCUGCUCCCACUGUGACUGUCAUGUGGGGGCUGGACACAAGGCCCAGAAGGCCAGAACUGGACAGUCCCAGACACCUGCCACCCGGGGACAUGUAGCAGGUCCAUGGACAGGCCGGACGAGGAGCCAACCGGCCUCUGUCUCAGGACAUUCCAGAAGGACAAGGAGUUGCUCCUCCCCUUGCCAAUAUACCAGCAUCCCUGCUUCCUAUGGGGCCUGCCAGGUCCCCUGGUGACCACUGCCUCUGCUGUCUCCUAACCCAGAGACACCCAGUGGUGGCCUGGGGCUGCAGCCUCAGUGCCUGGGCUGUGUAACCGUCGGGAGGCAGCUGUGCCCACUUGGGCCCAGGACUGUGCUCAUACCUUCUACCAGCAGCAGCCUGGCAGAGCCCCAGCCCCUCCCUAGGUGCCCAAGUGCCCACUUAACAAGAAUGACCAACAAAGCCCAUGCUCCUUGUCGGGCUCCGGGCACCAUCCUCCCUGUCCUGGGGCGGGACCCUGUCAGUGCCCCUUCCUGUAAGCCUCAGAGCGCACAGCUCAUCCAGUGCCUUCCCCACAAAGUUGGGGUUGGGGACCUCUUUGGCUCCCAGCCUGUCUCAGGAUGCGGUUUGGAGGCAGAGGGGCCUGGGUCGGAGGCUCAGAUGCCUUGCUGCUUUUCUCUCUUUUUUAAAAAAAAUUUUUAUUUUGAGACAGGGUCUCGCUAAGCUGCUCAGGCUAGCCUUGAACUCCUUAUUCUCCUGCAUCCGCUUCCUGAGUAGCUGGGAUUGUAGGCAUGUGAUACUGCACCCAGCAGCUUUUAUUCUUUAUACCAACACAUAGAAAAGUUGUAAGAAAAGUUGAAGAAUGCCCUCACAGACUUGUGAACAUUUUGCCAAGUGUGAUCUCUGCUGUCCCAGGACCUGCGCAGCCAGCCUGUCCAGUGUGUGUGAGGAACGCAGAACCCCAGGCCCCUGGCCUCAGGGUGAGGACCUGGGUGGGUUGGCCCCCGGGCGCUGCAAGACCCCCAAGCACUCCUGUGUCAGUGCUAGAAACAGGGCCUUUGCAGUCCUCCUGGAGCCAGCACAGCAGCCCCAUGUUCAGGGCCCUGAUGUGUCCCUUGUAGCAAAACAAGAUAAAGACCUCCCUAGGACCCCACACAUGUCACACUGCUUUUUGUCCAAGUUCAGGGCAGGCUCUCUCACCCUGGCAGGCCCUGUAAUGUCCCCCAGCCUUGCCCAAGCCUUGUUUCUGGGGCAACAGUCCUGGGGCUGCCCUGUCCAGGGACCUGCUCAGGUGUACGCUGCCAGCACAGUGCCCCUGGUGUGGGCUGGCUCACAACAGCCAGAUGUUGGCCACCACAUGGCUUGGUUCCUCCUCUAAGGAGGAAAUUCACCCAGAUGGGGCUGCGGGAGGGAGGAUUCCAAGAGGGGUGCACUGAGGCCAGGCCACAGCCCUAUCCCCAGAGGCACUUCCUGGCCCCCACAGCUCUGUCCCUUGGUGGCCUCCCUCAGGCACCCAUGUUUGCUGCACUAUAUCAUAUAGUCAUGUCUCACUAGCAUGGCCCCACGGCCCUACCCCUCUCUCUGGAGUGAUUGCUCCCAGGCAUCCCAAGGCCAUUGUACCGCUGUCCGAGGCUACCCCUUCCUGUCACUUGGCUAGUCCCUACCUGGGUUGUUACCUUUGAUACUUGGGGCGAGAGUCACCAUCCAUGUUAGCAGAGGUUGGUGUGUUUGGCCAGAGCGUGGUCUGAGCCCAGCCCAAGGGGAAUGUUGGCACCAGAGAACAAGAGUCCUAUCCAGCGGGCCUCCUGGUGCUGGACUUAUGUUUGGUCCUUGGUCUGGCCUGGCUCUCCCAUCAGUCCCACCUCCUGCAGCCUGUGUCCCACCUCUCUCGGGCAUACAGUCAGUGCUCAGGAAACUUCUGGGGUAGAAUUCAUCCCUCCAAGUGUGCUGGGCCCUGUGCCUCUGUCGUAGCAGGCAAGGGGCAGAUAGAAAACAGUCCAGCUCACUCCCAGGUGCUCCUCUGUGAGGCCUGCCCUGCCCUGAAAACCGAGAUCUGCUCUCAGGAACAGCACUGGUGGGGAGACCUUGAGAGUGAGCAAGAUGUGCAAGGAGCAAGGAGAUGGGCCCCCCAAGUUGUGCGGAGCCACAGAGGGACAUGUAGGGAGGUCAGCAGGCAGUGCUGGAGGGGGGCGCGUGUUACAGGCAGGGGGUUAGCCUGAGCUCUGAGGUUGGUGCAAGCCCUGAGGUUGGCAUUGCAAGAAUGGUGGGGUGGGGAGAGUGGGGACAGUCACACAGAACUGGGAAUGGCCAUGAAGGGCUGAGUGAGAUGGAGGUUUGUUUCUUUCAUCUUCUUCCUAUAAUGGAUUAAAGAGGUGAUUAGCUAGAUGGAUAGGCAGGUAGGUGGAAGGGUGUGUAGGUGAAUGGGGUAGAUAGAUAGAUAGAUAGAUAGAUAGAUAGAUAGAUAGAUAGAUGAUAGAUAGAUGAUAGAUGGAUGAUAGGCAGGCAGGCAUAGACAUGAUAGAUAAGGAUAGAUUAGGCCAUGGCUUGGCUAAGUGUCUCCCAAAAAUCCCCAGGGUGGCACCAUUGGUAAGUGGUGGAACCUUUAAGAGGUGGGGCCUAGUGGGAGGUCUGUAGAUUAUUGGGGGCAUGGCCUUAAAGGAGACUGGGACUGCA